AUGGAGCAAGCGAAAGGAAAACAUAGAAGAGUCGAUAGCGAGGAUGAUGAUCCUGGAGAGUCGUCAAAGAUCCCAGCAAACAUCAAAAAGAAAAGGAAGUCUCAGUCCGUAACGCCACCUUCCAGAGCUGCGAGGACAAGUCAACGGCCUGGUCGGAAGUACGAAAUGCAAUGGCGCCUUGGUCAGGCACCGGCAGCCAGUAUCAGAGACGCAAGAGAAGAGUCAAACUUUGAACGAGUGCUUACUGCUAUUUCCAGCUAUCACCAAGGCAAUGCGGCUGGUAUUUGGAAGACUGCCAUGCUUCAAAAUGCUUCUGAGUUCGAUGGAAAUGGUCUCACGGAAGCUAUUUCGGUCUCUAUUAUGCUGGCUGCAGGGUUCAUCGCUGCCGGUCAGUCUGAGAGUGCAAGCCAAAUUCUGAACACGACUUUGCCGCUUGCUAGAAUCAUGCUACUCAGUCAGCACCCCCAGCUCUGCUUUUACCUCACCGAGAUCAGCAUGGACACUUCGAAGACUGUGGUUGGAAGCCUUCGGGCGUCAUGGAAGAAUUACCUGGCACCGCUUGCCGUCAACGUUCUGGGGCAGCGUCACCCUAUCUCUAUUCUGCUUCAGACGCCUUUGACGGUCGAACAGAAGGUCAGAAUGCGAAAGGAGGGACAAAGAAUAGCACAUGUGGAACACAUCCGAGCCUUCGGCACCCACUCAUAUCAAACCAUGCUGCACCUCUGGUACUGGGCUCGGCUCACGGCCUCAUCGGGCGACGUUGCGGAAUCCAUCCGAAUGCUCGAAAACUUGACUCAGGCUUGGGAACAGGUCUACUCGACCAAUUCAGCCGUGUCAAUCGCUGCCAUCGUCGAGCAGGCCAGAGUGAUGCUCGCAUCUGGAGACGCCAGCGUGAAGGUUGAAUGCAUCCUGGGUGACGCGCUUCGACGGAAUGACGUGCUUUCCUCGGGCCAGGCUCUGCAGCCGCAGUUCAUGGACGCGGCCGAGUUAAGGUUACGAAAGAGUAGUCUCAUCUUCUCUCGGUUAGCGGCUUUUCGCUGUCUGGGACGUUUGCACCUCAUGAGAAACAAUCUCGGCAACGCGAUAUGCUGUUUCCAACAAGCACUGGACAUAGCCGAAUCGAACUUGAUGGAAGCAUCUUCGGUGAGGAAGAUGUGCAAGACCGAUCUGGCCGCGGCGGAAAUGUUGGAACUCGAGCAAUCGAUGGGUGGCUUGACACUAACGGACCCGAUGAGCAGACUUCCUCCCCUUACCAGCAUAAUUCCUUUCUCCCCAGUGGAAAAGACCGGGACACGGUAG